AUGGAAGGUCAUCACGUCUUGGCCAAGGCCGGAUAUCGUGUCGUGUCGUAUGGCACCGGCUCAGCCGUACGACUUCCAGGUCCUGCAAUCGACAAGCCAAAUAUAUACGCUUUCGGAACACCCUACAACCAAAUAUAUGAAGAAUUGAAUGCAAAGGAUCCUCGAUUGUACACUGCCAACGGCUUACUCCAAAUGCUAGACCGCAACAGGCGGAUCAAGGUAGCUCCAGAACGGUGGCAGGAGAGCAAGACGGUCGCCGACAUUGUAAUUACAUGCGAGGAGCGAUGUUUUGACGCCGUUUGUGAAGAUUUACUGACACGCGGAGGAGAACUUAAUCGGCCUGUUCAUGUCAUAAAUAUCGAAAUCAAGGAUAACCACGAGGAAGCCCUCAUUGCGGGGAAGGCAAUGCUAGACUUAGCCGCUGCCAUCGAAGCUUCUGAUGAUAUAGAUGAAGACAUUGAUAAGAUCCUGCAAGUACAGCAAGAGAAGCACCCACACAAUCUGCUCCACGCUGUUGCAUUCUACUAG